UUCAAAUCUUUAGUAAAAUGGGUCUAAAGUCUGUGUUGUGUGCUAAGAUAGAAGUGAAGGCUAAUAAGGAUGUGUUUCAUGAUGUCUUUACAAAUAAACCACACCAUGUCUCUACUAUGUCCCCUUUGCAUGUACAAGGCUGUGAGCUUCUUGAGGGUGUCUUUGGAACCGUUGGAUCCAAAAUUUGUUGGACGUAUACCCUUGAAGGAAAAGAGAAGAUUUCGAAGCAGGUAAUUGAAACUAUAGAUGAGGAAAAAAAAGUGAUCACAUUCAAAGAAUUUGAAGGUGAUCUAGUGAAUAAAUAUGAUAAUUGGAAGGCAACUCUUCAUAUCGAAACAAAGGGUGAAAUUGAUUUGGUAAAUUGGACAAUGGAGUAUGAAAGGCCAAAUGAGAAUGUCCCUGAACUGAUAAAUUUGUUGGACUUUAUUAUUGGUAUGACCAAAGCUAUUGAUGAUCACCAUGUCAAGAUGAAUUGAUGGGAUUAUAUAUAUAGUUGCUUUAUUUGAUGUUUGAGAGUAUAGUAAAAAAAUAACUCAUGUUGGUUGUGUACUUUUUAUUUGGGUUUUAUCUUUGGUGAAUUCAUGUUUGAUUGUGUCUUUUUCUCAUGUAACCUUUGUGUUGUGUAAUAAGACAUGGGUAUGAAGUUUAUAUAUAUUUCUCUUCGCC